AAGGUCUUCAUCAUUCUGGUCCCCAGCUCAGUGCAACUGUCUCUUAAAUUAGUACCAGAACUGUCUUCUCCUCUGCUCCUUUCUCCAGGCCAUAAUGCAUGUCUGUGUUUUCAGGGUCCUUCUGCCAGCCUGUGCUGACACAGCUGCCCUCUGCUUCUGCUUCUCUGGGAGCCUCGGUCAAGCUCACCUGCACUUUGAGUAGCGAGCACAGCGACUACAGCAUUGAAUGGUAUCAGCAGCGGUCAGGGAGGUCCCCUGGUUACGUGAUGUCUGUUGAGUUUGAUGGAAACCACGAGAAGGGGGACGACAUCCCUGAUCGAUUCACAGGCUCCAGCUCUGGGGCUGACCGCUACUUAACCAUCACCAACAUGCAGCCUGAGGACGAAGCUGACUAUAUCUGUGGUGUAUAUUACAGUGACAGUAAUGCGCCUUUUGGUUGA